GAAAAAGAUAAAGAAGUGAAAGAAGGAAAGAAAACGUCAGUCAGUCAGUCUGUCCAAAUCCAAAGGAAAUCAAGAUUUGAUAAUUAGAAAACACAUUUCACUUUAUUUAACAAGGAUUGCUCUAGAAUAAACUACAAACCAAUGUUACACUACAGUUACAAAUAUACAAACUUUCAUGCACCUUCACCAGAGUACGAUCGCCACCGUCAUCUCCGCCGCUUAGAACUCUUUUCAAAAUCAAAACCAGAACGUGAAAGAGAAAAGUAAAAUUCACAAAUAAAUUAACCUCUUCUUUUUUGUAAAAUCAUUAUUAUUAUUAUUAUUAUUAUUAUUAUGGUGUCAGCUGAGGACGGAAAUGGGAGGCGACCCGCGAAAGGGAAGGCCAAUCUGGUCCGGAGCCUUCUGGGAGUCGGGUAUUGGGUCCAAGGAUUCAGGUGUUUUCCAUGGAUGGCUGUUAACUUCUUUCUGAAAGAUAGCGUUAAGGUCGACCCUUCUACUCUUCAAAUCCUUCAGAAUUCUGCUAAUCUCCCUAUGGUUGCGAAGCCCCUCUACGGUGUCGUUUCCGAUGCCGUUUAUAUCUCUGGCCAGCACCGUGUUCCUUAUAUCGCCAUCGGUGCUUUCUUACAAGCAGUGUCAUGGCUAGCAAUAACAAUCCUUUCACACUCAAACAUUUCAAUGUUAACUAUGAGCCUAUAUCUUCUACUCAGUAAUCUUGGCGCUUCAAUAGCUGAGGUUGCUAAUGAUGCCAUUGUUGCCGAGACAGGAAAAACACAAACUUCUUCCAAAAAGUCUCAAUCAGCUUCCUCAGGUGAGCUCCAGUCAUUUGUUUGGAUGGCUUCCUCUGUUGGUGGAGUCCUUGGGAACCUGUUAGGUGGCAUCGCCAUUGACAGAUUUUACCCCCAAUCAAUGUUCCUCUUCUUUGGACUUCUCCUUGCUUUCCAGUUUUUCAUAACUGUCUCAGUUCCUGAGCGCUCUCUUAAUCUUCCAAAAAGUCCAUCAAAUGUUGGGAUUAAGAAGCAGCUUUCAGAGCUCUUAGUUGCAUUGCGAAAACCUGAGAUAGCUUAUUCAAUAACCUGGUUUGCCGCAUCCUAUGCCAUAAUUCCAGCACUGACAGGGACCAUGUUCUUUUACCAAACACAAUAUUUGAAGAUUGAUGCCUCUCUGUUGGGAAUUUCUAAGGUGUUUGGGCAGGCAGUAAUGCUGUUAUGGGGUGUCAUUUACAAUCGUCGCUUCAAGUCAGUCCGACCAAGGAAACUGAUUGAAGCCAUUCAGCUAACAAUGGCAGUAUUCAUGAUUUCAGAUGUGUUGUUUGUGAAAGGAAUCUAUCAACAGAUGGGGGUGCCAGACUCGGUUUAUGUUGUAGUUUUCUCAGGUGUCUUAGAGGUUCUGUUCUUCUUCAAGAUUCUGCCAUUUAGUGUUCUAAUAGCACAACUCUGCCCUCCAGGAUGUGAAGGGUCUCUAAUCGCAUUUGUCAUGUCAGCUGUUGCCCUUGCAUUCAUAGUGAGUGGAUACCUUGGUGUCGCAUUGGCAUCCUAUGUUGGGGUCACAGAAAAUGAUUUUUCUGGAUUUCCUCUUGGCCUCCUAAUACAGGCAGUUUGCACCUUUCUGCCACUAUUUUGGUCAUCAUGCAUACCUGAUGAUGUGAAAUCCAAAACCAGGACGGAGUAAGUAGCAUUGGUGUUUUCAAAAUAUGGUGUUAAAUGCUAAAUUGUGAGGAGCAGCUUCAGAAAAGUUAUCAGAAGCACUAAUGCUUUUUUCUUUUUUUGUUUACUUUGCUAUUUCUUUUAUUUUUUUUAUGUCAUUAGAUAUAUAGAUUAAUGAACAUGACCAAAUAAGAAGAAUCAGAGGUAGUUUUAGGUCCCUCAUAGUGAUGAUGUCUUUGGAUUUGUUAUUGCAAGUGCACAACAGUAUCAGAUUUUAACAUUUUUUCAGAUGAAAGAGCUGUUAUAGUGGCAAGUUAUGUAUGUGAGAUAAUCAUUUGUGCU